AUGUCCAUUCCUCAAGCUCCGACCUUCGACACCAAUGCGGUGAAGACUCGCUUCCCCGGCCGAGAGCUGACCCCUGGAAGGAACCACCACCCCCUCGACCAGCUUACCGCCGAGGAGAUUGGCGCCGCUGCUGCAGCCUGCAGGGAGCGGGCCGCGAGCCUCGGGCUUCCUGUCCUCCGGUUCAAUUCCAUCUCUGCCAAGGAGCCCCACAAGUACAAGGUCUUGGCGUACCUCAAGGGUGGCGCAAAGCCCGCCCGCCAAGCGCUCUGUGUGGUGCAGGCCCCUCCCCGCAAUUCCGUGUUCGAAGCGCUCGUGGAUCUUGAUGGCACCCGCGCCAGCAUCCUGUCGUGGCAGGAGCUGGAGGGGGUGCAGCCUGCCGUCACCCUGGAUGACGUCAUCGACGUGGAGAAGAUGGUGAAGGCCAACAAGGAGUUCCAGGACUUUGUCGCGCGCCGCUAUGGCAUCACCGACCUGGAGGAGGUGGCGGUGGACCCUUGGUACAGCGGGCAGCGGUACGGCGCCACCGAGGGCCGCAUCAUCCAGUGCUUCCUGUACCAGCGCACGGGAAAGUACGACAACUUCUACGCCCACCCGCUGGACACGGUGCUCAUGUACAACGCCUCCGUCGACCGCGUGUCCAAGUUCUGCGUGUACGGCGACGAGAACACCAAGCAGGACGUGCCGCUGGCCGCCGCCGACUUCUCCCGCCACGUGCUGGCCCGUCCCUUCCGCGGCGGCAUGCGCCCGCUGCACGUGGUCCAGCCCGAGGGCCCCUCCUUCACGGUCAAGGGGUCUGCCGUGGAGUGGCAGAACUGGAGCUUCCAGGUGGGCUUCUCCUGGCGCGAGGGCCUGGUCCUGCACGGGCUGGGGUACAAGGACGGCGGUCGCGUGCGCCCCGUCAUCUACCGCGCCGCGCUGGCGGAGAUCAUCGUGCCUUACGCGGAGCCGCGGCCGCCGUACGAGACCAAGUGCGCGUACGACAUCAUGGACUACGGCCUGGGCUUCUGCGCCAACUCCCUGGAGCUGGGCUGCGACUGCCUGGGCCAUAUCCACUACUUUGACGCAUCGCUGAACGACGCGCUGGGGCGCGCGGUCACGCUGCGCAAGGCGGUGUGCAUGCACGAGGAGGACGCGGGCAUGGCCUGGAAGCACUACGACUACCGCACCGACGAGGUGGAGGUGCGGCGCAUGCGCCGCCUGGUCCUCUCCUUCAUCGCCACCAUCGCCAACUACGAGUACGGCUUCUACUGGCACCUGUACCAGGACGGCAGCAUCCAGUUCGAGGUGAAGCUGACGGGCAUCGUGUCCACCUCCCCCCUGCAUGCCGAGGAGGUCCUGCGCGGUCCCGACUACGGCAACCUGGUGGCCCCCGGGGUCAAUGCCGCGCACCAUCAGCACUUCUUCAUCACCCGCCUCGACAUGGCCGUGGACGACGAGGACGGCGGGCGGGGGCUGAGCGUGGUGGAGAUGGAGGCGGUGCCCAUGGGGCCGGGGGACGGGCCCAACCCCUUCAAGCACGGCUUCAAGGCCGUGGAGCGCAUCAUGAACCCGCGUGUGAUCAACCCGCUGAGCGGCAAGCCUGUGAGCUGGAAGCUGAUGCCCACCACCGCCUCCCCGCCCAUGCUGGCCGGCGUCGGCUCCGACCACUACGAGCGCGGCUUCUUCGCCACCAAGCACCUGUGGGUCACGCCCUACGCCGAGGACGAGAUGAACCCGGCGGGGGAGUACCCGCACGACCCCCGCCCGCAGGCCAACGGCGGCAUCCGCGCCUGGACCAAGGCAGACCGCCCCGUGGCCGACGCCGACGUGGUGGUCUGGUUCAACGUGGGCCUGACCCACUUUGUGCGCACCGAGGACUUCCCCGUCAUGCCCGUGGAGCAGAUCGGGUUCCACCUCAAGCCCUACCACUUCUUCGAUGUCAACCCCGCCAUCGACAUCCCCCCCGAGCGCGACCCGCGCUCCGUCCAGGCCAAGCCCUGCUGCGACGAGACCCCCCUGCCCUCCCACGCGGGGCCCGCCCUGCCCCGCAUGUGA